GCCUAUAGUAUAAAUAAAAAUCCAAACCAUGCUUCAAGCGCAUUCAUAUUCUGUUGAUAAAUGAGAGCCAAACACUGCAGAAUCUCUGAGAAAUGAAAAAUGACUGGAUUCUGGAUUUUAAUUUUGAUCUUCAGCACCAUGUUUACAGUCCAACCUGGUAGACGCUGGGUUACUGCACAAUCCCCCACAGAGUCACCAGUUUAUCAGCCUGAUAAAGAGCUCAGUGUGGAUAUCGGAGACACGGCUACUCUGCAGUGUUGUGUUUCUAAAAACAUAUUUGGGAUGAUAUAUUUGUUUAAGCAACCAAACAGAAAAAAUCCACAGCUUAUAGUAAAGUUCUAUAAAAAUGCUGGAGAAACAUUUUACAAUGGAUUCCAAGAGUCUCGUUUUGAAAUAGAGAGAUCUUCAAACUGCUUCAACAUGACCAUUUUAAACAUCGUUCAGUCUGAUGAAGCCAUGUACUACUGUGCACUGACAUCUCCCAACACUGUGUUUGCAGAUGGAACUUAUUUAAAAAUUAAAGGUGAUCAUGUUACUAUUUCAUCAGAAACAUCUAAACCAGCUCUGUGUGAUAAUUCAGUGGUGUGUGAACCAACACUGCAUGGAAACAGCACUAACAUGAACACACACGAGAAAACAGUGCUCGGUUUGGGAACGGCUUUGGGUUUGUGCGCACUUCUGAUUUUCUGCCUCAUUUAUUUCAUACUGAGAGAAGAAAAUGUGAUAAAAGUAAUAAACGCUUCUAUAGAAGAUUGUUCAGGAAUGAGGCAGAAAUCUGAAGCAGAAACACUCAAUGAUACAGCUUUGAAAUUCCCCAAGAGGAAAGCCAGAGCUGAAAAAAGGAAAACUGGCUCAUCAUAUGAGUGUGUGUACUCCGAUGUGAAAUAUAACUUUAAAAUGUAACAUAAAUUAUUCAUAGCACAAAGAAUUCUUAUAGCAAGAAAAUAUCUUGACUAUAGACAAAUAUAUCCCAUAUUUUUACAUUUUUUACAUUUACAUACUGUAUAUUUUUUUCUAGUAGCAAAAAAAAAGCCUAGACAUAAUCUUAUAUUUGUUUACAAUCAUCACAUAAAAAAGAUAUAUUAAAUACGAUUGCCUAUAUUCAAGAUUUAUUUUGUUUUUCUUGCAAGUGUCUUAUUAUUAAUAUUAAAGAUGCAUUUUUGCAUGACUUCAGUGCGGCACCUGUGUUGCACUUUGUACAGAUUUCAUGGCCUCAUUUGUAUUGUUCUAACAUUGUUGAAGACACAAGAAAUUUAAAGAGCAAUUUCUUUAAAGGCGUAACAAAUACACGAUCCUUAGAAUUAUUCUGAAAGUAAAACAGGAAUGUUUUAUUACUAAUAAAGUUUCAAAAUGCACUGUAAAACCAGAUAAGUUCAUUUAACUCAAAAAAUUAGAGGAAACUGAUUAGCUUUAAAUUUUUAAGUUGAUAAAUCAAUUUCUUUAAGCCAAAAACACUUAAAUAUAACAAAAAAUAAUUUCAUACUUGUUAUAUUUAAAUGUAUUUGGCUUAAAGAAAUUGAUUUGGUUAGCACAUUCGCUUCACACCUCCAGGGUAGGGGGUUCGAUUCCCACCAUGGCCCUGUGUGUGUGGAGUUUGCAUGUUCUCCCCGUGCUGCGGGGGUUAACUCCGGGUACUCCGGUUUCCUCCCCCAGUCCAAAGACAUGCAUGGUAGGCUGAUUGGCGUGUCUAAAGUGUCUGUAGUGUAUGAAUGGGUGUGUAUGUGAUUGUGCCCUGUGAUGGAGUGGCACCCUGUCCAGGGUGUACCCCGCCUUGUGCCCGAUGCUCCCUGGGAUAGGCUCCAGGUUCCCCGUGACCCUGAAGAGGAGUAACCGGUAUAGAAGAUGGAUGGAUGGAUGAACUUAUCCGGUUUUACAGUGAGGGUGUUGGUUGGCCUUAAAUGCAAGUUAAGGAUAGCGGCGGGGCUUGAUUUAUUCAUGUGUCUCUGUGUUAUAGUGAAAGCACACAGAAAUCAUACCAUGUAAUAAUGUAUUUUUGUAACUAUAAAAUGAAUUAUUAUUGUAAUAUUUAUAAUGGAUUAUUUUAGAGGGUCAUGUAUUGGUCUGAAUAUACAACCUGUGGCAAAACUGGCUUCCAAAAUCUUUAAGGGCUUUUUUUUUUCUUUUUUUGAUUUACUUUGAAUGUGGUGACCGGAACACGGUAUUAUAAAUAGUAUUUAAUCUCGACUUUUGAAUUCACUCAACUUUCAUCCAUUAUUCAUUCAGUGAGUGUGGAUUUGUUUGGUUUUUGUUUUUGUUGUUGUUUUUUUUGCCUUAUAGCUAUGAUACUAUAUCAUGCAGAUUUGUGAUCAUCAGAUUAUUAUAAACAUAUAAUACCACUGUAAACUUCAAUCGAUUUUAUGUAUACAACAAAUCGUGUGUAAAGCUAUCGUGUUUUAAUGCAAUGAUUUAGAAAGGGCCAUUUUUAUGUGGUGCCCGUUAUAAUAAUUCAAUAACUUCAUUAAAUUACAUCUCAUUACAGUGCACCAUCACUUCAAAUUUAUACAUCAAGCAAAAAUUAAUGUAGGGAAGA